GGAAACAGUAAGGAACCAAGGGAAAUACUUUCUUCAGAUAAAGGUGUUUUUGAGAAGUGAGGAAAAGCCUCGCUAAAACAGCAGUCCGAGUUAAACUAGCAGCACCUGUCAGUUAAACCACCCACCGGUGUCUGUUUGGAGAUCAUUCUUUGUUUCUGCGACCUUUGGCUUUUCCCCGAAGACAUCUGUUCGACUUAUCCAUACAAAAAGGUUUGAUGGACUUUGAAGAUAGAGACAGCUCACCUAAACGUAGGUCUGUGAGGUGUGGACUGCUGGAUGUCCUCUUUCGUAGUGGUGAUGAUCCAGAAGACUGUGGUUUAGGUCAGGAGGCCUUUAUGGAUGAAGAGGCAGACCUUCCUUCUGAUUUGGAAUGGUUGCAGGAAUUGUCUGAAGAGAGCGAUAGCGAUGGUGACCUUGCACUUGAGACCGACAAUAGCACGAAGAGGAGUUAUGCCGAGACAGCACGGAUGUUCAAGCUGAGACGAAACCUGGACCAGCUGGACUCUUUUCAUCGACAGAAGGAGCGUGACGUGCAGAAAGCCAGAGAAAAGCUGAAACCUUGCCGUCAGAAUGUAGAAAGCUGGUUGGAGCAGAGGGACAAUUUGGAGUGGGAAAUAGAGCAACAGAAAGCAAACGCAAACAGCAGCUUGGCCGUGUUUCGACUGCGAGCCCAGCAUAAGCUGUUGUGUCAAAAGCUGCAGAAUGAAGAAGAGCUGGAGGGCCAAAUCCGAGCUGAACUGACACAACAAGAACGGGAGCUGAAUGAGGUGGAGGUGGAUCUUGGCAGGGUCUUCUUACUCCGCCAGGAGCUGCAGGAAGAAGAGCAGCGCUUCCAGGUCCUUAAAGCACAGAAGGCAGUAAGAAGGUUGCAGCAGGAGAGGAAAGUCAGCCAGAAUCAGCAGCACAACAUGAAGCUUCUCAGAGAUAAACAGGCAGCCAGGCUGGAGGAGGAGGAGAAAGAAUGUCAAAGGAAGAAUGAAGAGGCUCGAACAAGCCAAAAGAAAGCUGCCAAGUACUUGAAGCAGACCAUUAAAAGGUUGCAUCAGCAAGCAGCUGAGAAGGAGAAACAGAACAGGGAGUUUAUCGAGAGGAGGAUGCAGGCUGUUGAGUCUCUAAAAUCCAGCAUAGCAGUCAACCAAGAGAGUUUACAGGUUCAGCAAAAUAGAGCCAAAGAACAAACCCAGAAGAAAAAAGAACAAGAAAGACAACUAAAAGCUGCCCUGGAGGCCCAAGGCAUCGACAGUAUCAAACAUAUGUACCAGAAGAAACAACUAAAGGAGACGAAACGAAAACAACAGGAAUUUGAGGAGAGCCAGAAGUCAAAGAGAGUGGAGAUUGUUGCAAAAAUUCAUCAGGAGGAACAGCUGCUGAAGAGCAGAAAAAGGAACCAGGCACAGCCCCCCAAACCCUCAACCAAUGACAAGUUCUCAUCUUUGAGGACCGGAAGAGAGAUGCUCCUGUCGUUUCUGGAUCCUAACUCUCCAUCAGUCUCUGAGGAGACAGGAACACUGCUUGUGAGAGAGUUCAGUAACAUCAGCAGGUCUUCAUCACCGUGCUCUGACAGUGAACACCUGGAGGAAAUGGGGGAAACUGUUCAGAAAUACAUGACCCACAAGAGCCCUGCUGACAGCCUUGCAGAGCCAGAGUUCUCCGGGUUGUGGGAACAGGAAUACAAGGCCACCAAUAAGGAUAUGACACCUGCAAAAGCAGAAGUUAAGAAAGAUGAACCUGCCAUGGCGAACAGGAAGUUAAAUGUGACUGCCAAAAAGAUUCAUGGAAAAGCGUUUAUUAGUAAACCAGACGUCAUCUUCUUUAAGGACUUUGAAGUUGGGAAGUGUUAUAAGAAGAAACUUGUCCUGACAAACAUCAGCUACACUGUCAAUCAGUGCAAGUUUCUCAGGGUCUCCGCUCAGCUCAAGGAUUUCAUCUCUGUCAACUUUGAGCCUCCUGGUUCUUUAUCUACUGGGAUGUCAUGUGACAUGCAUGCUUUUUUCCAACCUCUGAUUAAUGAAGACUUGGAGGGAGAUUUUCAGUUUGCAUCAACUCUGGGCCCCUUCUCUGUGCCUGUCAGAUGCACCACAAAGAAAUGCUGUCCGGAGGUCGACUGCCGGUUCGUGGAUUUUGGUUCACAUGUGGUGGGCCACACUGUUUCUCGGACUAUCACCCUGAACAACAAGGGAGCACUGGCCACCUUCUUCAGCAUGGACACCUCCACACAUCUCUGUUCAGAAAGCAGCCAUGUCCAGAUGCCAUCCCAGGCCUCUGCCAACACAGGCCCGGUGACAUCCAGUAUAAACAUCAGUUCUAGCGAUCAUCAGAGUUCUGAUUCAUUGGAUUCAGAGGCCGUCCGGCCAAAGCAGCAGAAUCUUUCCAAAGAAUUACAGCAGUUGGAACCUGGUGUAGAAGCUGUCACUGAGGCUUUACUUUCCUCUGAUGUGGACACACAGACAACCCAGACCUUCCUAGACUCCUGUGAUAUAACGCUUGGAGGUGUGAGAGAUGGAGAGGUUGGACCCUUUCAAAACGUCAAGCUGGAGAUUUUAUUCACUCCAACCAUUCCAGGAGAAACCAAACUGGACUUCUACAUCAGAUUCUCUGACACAAACACAAAACCAAUACCCAUCCAGGUCAGAGGUGUGGCUGUCAGCAUCCCUGUAUGGGUGGUUCAGCCCAGCAUUGACCUGAAGAUCUGCAUGUUUGACCGCCUUUAUCAAGACACCAUCAUCAUUCAAAGCAGAGCAAACAAAGCUUUAAAAGUGACCUUUGAGGUGUGCCCUGGGAUGAGGAAACACAUGGAGAUUCUACCAAAAAAUGGCUUCAUCCAGGCCCAAUCAAGCUUUAAUGCCCAGCUGAAAUUCAUACCAAGACGGUCCCUGUCCAAAGAUGCAGAGAAUUAUUUUGACAGUGACACAGGAGUCCUAGAGGUUCCGAUGACAGUGCAAGUAGCAGGGCAGGUGCGGCCUGUCCCUUUUACAGUACAGGCAAUUGUCACAUCUUCAGACCUACAGUUUGACCAGACUGAGGUGGACUUUGGUAGCUGUUCUGUCUACCAUUUGGUCAGGAGCAGUGUCCGCCUCACCAACAUGUCCCUCCUGCCUCAAGACUUUGGCUUUGUGGCUGUUCCUGAGUUUAUUGAGGUCCAGCCUAAUGAUGGCUUUGGUACUCUGCUUCCUCAAGAAACCCUAGAGAUUGAUCUGAUUUUUGGCCCUAAAAAAGCUAAAGAGUAUAAUUUCCAACUCUGCUGCAAAUCUGGAAUUAACAGAGACUUUCUACUGUCUUGCCACGGUGUGGGUGUCCGUCCACCACUGGUACUCUCUCACUCUCUGGUUCAGUUCAGAUCUACAGCAGUAGGGUAUAAGUCCCCUGCCACAAUUUACCUGACUAACCAGUCUGAUUGUAACCAGUCCAAAGAACCCACAACACAACUGACCAAAGAUGUCAUGAAAGUUGAUGGUCCGAGGUUGUUCUGCUUCUGUUUACCAAAGGAUUCAGAAAUCAGCAUUAGUCCUUCAGCAGGUCGCCUUCUCCCUGGAGAGAGAUGCCUAGUUCAGGUGAUGUUCAGGCCCAGACUUUUGGAUCACGAGAUCAAAGAAGAGGCCCUUCGUCAGAUACAUUGUGCCAAGUUGAUCAGUGAGAAGGAGCAGGAGAUAAACAGACCCACUGAACAAGAGAUGAAGAACAACAUUCCCCCUGAACCCAACAAAGGGAAGAGGCCACUUGGCAAUGCAAAGAACAGCAAGGUGUCUGAAAACCCAAAUACAAACAAAUUACCAGAUCCAGUUGACAUAAAGCCUGGGUCAGAGUUGUACGGGAAGGCCAGAGCCUUUUUGCUCAAAUCCUUUACCCGGAGCUACAGAGAGUACACCGUUCCCUGCUUUGUGUCAGACGGAGACCCCACAGAGACAGACUCACAAGUCCAGCUGGCAUGGAGUCCCACAAACACGCUCUACCUGAAGCUGGAAUGUCCUGCUGUACAGCCCCCUCUGCUGGUGACGUCCAGCAAUGGCAAUAACAUCUUAGACUUCAACCAAGUUUUUGUGGGAAACAAAGUGAUUAAAAGGUUCACAGUUCAGAACAUUUCAAUGGAGCCUUUGGAUCUGAGGUUAUCAUUGUUGGACAUACAUGGUCCCUUUUCCCUGGUCAAUGCUAUGAGAGGCGUGGGUCCUGGAGAAAAACACACUUUGGUACUAGCUUUCAGCCCAACCUUGGAAAGAAAGUACUGUGAAAAACUCGAGGUGCAAACCCCUAAAAUGGUUUUGGAAAUCACUCUUCAAGGGGAGGGUGUACUUCCUGUUGUCACUUUAUCUCCCACUGGAGAUCUCGUGGACUUUGGCUAUGUGUUGGAGAAGGAGAUCACCUCACAACAUGUGCAGUUGCAGAACAGUUCAGUGGUAGCAGUGGAUUACAGAGUGUUGCUGGCCAGUCAGUCACUUCCCAGUCCUCAGCAUGGAGCUGACAGGGUAGCCCUGCUGCUGGAUGGAUACAGAGGCUCUCAGAUCCACCCAGCUGUGGGAACCCAGAACUACAGUGGGUUAAGUGUCUUCAGUGUGACGCCAGUAGAGGGCAGCAUUGAUCCUGGACAGAAACAAAACAUCACCAUCACUUUUCAACCUGACCAUCCAUCUGUCUGCUACUCAGACAAACUCACCAUAGAGCUUAUAAAUAAGAGUAAAGUCUGUGUGAUGGAUCUGAGGGGUGUAGCUUCUUCACAUAACAUGUAUCUGUAUGGAGGAGAUCCUUUAACAGUGCCCAUCGAAUCUCUUCUCCCUUCCCUCAUCAUCCCUCAUCCCAAGCUCACAGAGGCGGAGGAGAACCGAAGUGUCCAUGCACUGGUUACUUUGCAGGCCAGCUGCAAAGCAGGCGUCAUCAGGCCUGCUGUCAGGGAACUGCAGGUGGGCUGCAUCCGCUCCCCACACACCAGUAAGAAGUGCGGUGAGUUUUAUUGGGAUGAUGUGGCAACUCUGCAGCAGCAGGGUUUUCAAUUGGAACCUGUUAAAGGCACCGUGGAGGCAGGACACAGACGUUCUGUCACCAUCACGUGGACACCCCAAAGUGGACACAAGCCCUUUGAGGUCAUCCAGGUGUGUGCCCCCCUCACUGUAAAGAGUGAUGAGAUCAUCAUUUACAGAGUGACAUUGAUGGCUGUGGUCUCAUCCACUGCUGAUUGACCAAUACAGGACAUGGACGCUGAUCAGUGGGAAGUCUGGAAAAACCUUGUUUCACUACUGUUCACUGAUUUUUAUUAACUCAACCUUAUUACUGAAAAUAUUGUGGCACCUAAGUUCAGUAAAAUGUACUUUUACUUUGAAGCAGUUACUUUUUUUUUUUGCUCUUUGUGAUUUUAUUCGUGACAGAAAAAAUGUUACCUCUUUUGGAGCUUUAAAAAAACAGAUGGUGCACAAAUGUAGCAAUUUUUGAUUUUCAAAAAAAAACCAGAAGUACUGUAAGGAAUUGCUGUUGUCACAAAAGUGCUACUGUAUAAAAACUGAACCAUAAGAACUGAA